AUGUACUUACGAACAUCUGCAAAUAUAUCCGCACCACCGGUUUGCUCGCUGGCAAAAAAUGGCGUUUAUUGCCCUGCAGCGUUCCCAAAUUUCCUCUCCGUUUUCAAUGUUGCACUCUUCGCGGUUGCAAUUUUGUCAUCGAUAUUUGUGCUGUACAUUGGAUUAACUCGACUACCACUAAAGGAUAUCACGAAUCUCUACUCGAUACAUGUUGUUGCUCCUAUGCUCCUUAUGGAAAUCGUACAUGUUAUAAAGGCAGCAAAUGAUUAUGCUAGACUUUUCGGAUGCACGAACGUCUUUUUAGGGCAUUGUAUGGAUUAUUUGCUGAUGGGUACCAGCACAAUUUGUCAAACAUCUCUUCAGCUGUUUUCACUGACAUUCUUGGGAUCUUUGUUCUGUCUAUUCAACCGGCCACUUAUGUACAAUCGAUUCUUCGAUUUCAAAAAUUUUGAUCGUGGUUAUCGAAAGGAUGUGGUGGUUCUUUUCAGACAUUGGAAGUCCAUCAGUUUCCUGAAUCUGGGCUACAAGAGUUUCAGGCAUACGGUUGUUUUAUUAUUAUUUUACUUUUACGCGGUUUAUGAGGGUCAUUGGGAUAGGAGGCAACAGGGGCCGCCGGGUCUGGGGGCCGUGUUCACUGUGAUCAAAUAUUACACGAAGCUAAGUCACAGUCAAGAGAAGAGCAAACAUGCAGUUAUGCUCAUAUCAACCAUAUUUUAUACCGUACCAAUAAGUGUCACCAGUUUGCCAAUGUUCGGUAGAUUUUCAAAAGUUUUUCACUUCAAAAACCCAACGAUUCCAUUCGAGAAUAAUGCGUUAAACUUGUGCAUUUGA